CCCAACAAGUAGAUCGACGCUAUAAUCGUUCACCGGUGGGCUGUUGUGCCACGCUCAGCGCGUCAGUCGUAAUGUUUUAGCUGCCGUCUAGUUUGGCGAAGCGGUGGGAAAAUGACAGAUUACGCCGAGGAGCAAAGAAACGAACUGGAAGCAAUAGAGUCUAUCUAUCCAGACUCUUUCACAGUGCUAUCAAAGGAGCCUACCAGCUUCACCAUUACUGUAACAUCAGAAGCAGGAGAAAACGAUGAGAUGGUGGAAGCAACCUUAAAGUUUACCUAUGUAGAGAAGUACCCAGAUGAGCCACCCCUGUACGAAAUCUACUCCCAGGAAAAUCUAGAUGAUAAUGACUUUGAGGGCAUCCUCACCUUACUGCAACAGCAGGCUGAGGAGAACCUGGGCAUGGUGAUGAUUUUCACUUUAGUCACAGCUGUUCAGGAGAAACUGAAUGAAAUUGUUGACCAGAUCAAGACCAGACAAGAAGAAGAGAAGAGGCGGAAAGAGAAGGAGGCGGAAGAGGCUGAAAAGGUGGCUUUCCAAGGCACAGUGGUCACGAUUGAGAACUUCCUGGCAUGGAAAGCCAGGUUUGAGCUGGAGAUGGCAGAGUUAAGGAGGAAAAGACAGAAAGAGGAGGAGCAGGCAGGAAAACCCAAAACCACUGGUAAACAACUCUUUGAGACUGACCACAACCUUGACACAUCUGACAUUCAGUUCCUUGAAGAUGCUGGAAACAAUGUGGAAGUGGAUGAGUCACUAUUCCAGGACAUCGAUGACCUGGACUUGGACGAGGAUGAUCCAGACUUUGACCCUUUAGAAAUGGGCAGUGAUGAGGACUAAACCAGGAACAGGAACGAGGACUGCUUUGCAUUUACAGGAUACACCUCCUCCGCAUGAUCUGGCUAAUCAAAUCAAAGAAAAACCAGCCAACCUUUUUUUUUUAAGAUAAAUCCGAAAUAAUGGUUGGGGUGGAAGUCCUGACUAAUCCAGUUUAAGAGAAUUUAUGCAGCUGUUAUUACUUUCUACCUUAAAAGCAAUUAAUAUAUAUAUAAAAAAACCCUUUAUAUUCAACUUGGCUGUGUUGCUGAAUCAAUGUGGUCCAGAAGUUCGUCACUCCAGUUGCAGGAACCACAGAGGGCAGCAGUGAAAUACCUAUGACUAUCCUAUAGAGUACUAUUGCACUGAACAAUAUUUCUUCUAUGUGGUUACUAUGUUUUCUUUGCCAGUUUCUCAUCUGUUAAUCAUAGUGUUUCAUUUAAGCAUUACGACUAAUCGCGUGUUAUCAUGGCUAUUUUGUGCCUUGUCCACUUAAAGUCCAAUCCGUCCUGAAAAUCCUGCGUAUCAUAACAACAGGCAGUCAUCCCCAAGGAAAACACACCACCGCAUUCUACAUAGAAAUAUCCAAAUAGAGGUUUUCAAAACAAAUACAUCCAAACAACUGUACUUGUAUAAAGAGACCCAUUUUAUGAACUCAUUGUUACUAAUGUGGCAUAAAAGUCCAAUUAAAACAUCGUUCACGUAUUGAGCAAGCACACAAGCAUAAUUAUGAGUAAAUUAUGGUGUUUGUAUUUUUUAAAUCAAGCAAUAAGCUAAACGUGGUACAUAUAAAUAUGGACAAAGAUGCAUUGCACAUGGUAAUGCACUUACAGUUUGGUCCAUUACAAUUCCAACAUUUUCUUGUCUCGUUUUAAUCAUUGCUAUAAUUUACGUAAUCAGGUUAUAUCGAUUCAAACAUGCGUAGCUUCUGCAGUGUUUCAGCUGAGCAUAUCAAGGGAAAGGAACUUUCAGCAGAAAAUUACUUUGGGAUUUUUCGUGUGUUUGUUGUUUG